UAUAUCGCAAAAGAAAUGACGAGCGAACGAGAACGUAUAUUUGUCAAUGGGAUGUCGCAGAUUACGGUCACGUCAAGUGGGAUGGAGCGCAGUAUCCACGAGAUGUUGAAGGACGCACCCUCCCUGAACGAGAGCGACAGCGCGGUGCACACCGGGACGCCGCCGCCCCACGUGCCCAACAACUGCAGCGGCGACGGCCACCCGAGACCGGCCACCAUAAACCUGAGCCUGGGGAGCCCGACGACUCAGAUCUAUGUCUGUAUUCCCACAGCAGUCUCCGUCUCGCCGAGCACGCCGGUACAGAACGGCGACACGCAGACCAUGCGCACCACCCAGAGCAAAAUUGAGAGCCUGAAGAAUUGGAGUAUCUCCACGUACAAGUGUACCAAGCAGUUAAUGUACGAGAGAUUAGGGAAGACAUCGCGCACCGUGGACUUUGAACUCGAAACGCAGAUCGAAUUGCUCAGAGACACCCAGAGGAAGUAUUGCAACGUUCUGCGACUGUCGCGGGCUCUUGCGUCGCACUUCCAUCACGUCGUUCAGACGCAGCACGCUCUCGGGGAGGCGUUUUCUGAAUUGGCGCAGAAAUCGCCCGAGCUUCAAGAGGAGUUUCUGUACAAUUCGGAAACGCAGAGAAAUUUAACUAAAAACGGCGAAACACUUCUAGGGGCCUUAAAUUUCUUCGUUUCCUCUGUGAAUACCUUGUGUAAUAAGACGAUCGAGGACACGCUGCUCACAGUGAGACAAUACGAAACCGCGAGGAUAGAGUACGAUGCGUAUAGGACGGAUUUAGAGGCUCUUGUGCAAGCUACAAAGUCGGAUAGUAACAAUGCGGCAAGACUAGAGGAGGCACAGGCUAAUUACGAGGGGCACAAGCAGAAUUUCGAAAAAUUACGCUCGGACGUUUCGAUCAAGUUGAAAUUCUUGGAUGAAAACAGGAUCAAAGUGAUGCACAAGCAAUUGCUGUUAUUCCACAAUGCUGUGUCCGCCUACUUCUCGGGGAAUCAAACCGCAUUGGAGGCAACUCUCAAACAAUUUAACAUCAAGGUGAAAUCGCCGAAUUCCACUUUACCGUCGUGGCUGGAGCAGUAGUCGAAUUAAAUUGAACACGUCGUCCUAACACGAAGGAUGUGAAAUGUACAAGUGCGCUCGUCCACCGAAUUAUCCCGAGUUUGCAAAACGCAGAAAGUAAAGGUAGAACAAUUAUUUAAAAAAAUAAUAAUUCGACGAUUGCCAGUACAUAUUGUGAGCUGCCGUUUAGUUUGACAACUUAAUGAAAGGAGUGAAAAAUUGCGAGAUUCACAUGGUGUAUAAACAGACUGAAUUCAAGGUGUAAUAUUGAUCAUCAGUAUUGAGCAUUAUAUACAUAUACAAUAUGUAUCAUAAAGUUGAUAAUUCUUUUAAGAGAAUUAUACAGAUCCGUAGAGGAAUCUCUAACCAACUUAGGCAACGUUUUCGAUAAUUAAUUUCUAACGCUUGAACAUUUGAGGAGGCAAUAGAUAUUUAAUUUUUAUAUUUCUCUUAGAGGAGUUUCAAAAUGUAAAUACGUAAUGUGACGUAACAUGAUAAAUGGAGCCUUCUAUUUUA